GCCAUGCAUUCCCCUCUCCACGCCACCGACCCAUACUUGGGUUCUUGUUUAAUAUCAAGCAGCAGUGCCAACUCAUCAUUGCAUGAGCGUUAAGGUCGGCUUGUGUCUAACAGUAGCUGCCUUGCGCUCCUAUCCUCCAUUCAGAGAUGCCGCUCGAGGUUUCCAGAACCACUUCUCGGUUGUCGGCGGUGACAGGAACACGAUAGUGACAGACGAAUCGCCCUUGAUCCCCGCGGGGCAUGGCCCACAAAUGCGUCUCCGAACUUCCCAUGUUUGCAGCAAUGAUUUGGAGACCUGCGUCUUCGCUACCUCGCUAGCUUUUUGGGGCAACCGACUUUGUCCUGCUCCCGCCUGGCUCAAAUGCAACCUACGUACUCGGGCGGCGUUGCUCUAGUGCUCGCCAUCCGUUACUUACAUGCUUGUUAUUGUCAACCCACGGCGACACUUGGCUGCGGAAUCAUGUACUCCCCGGGCAAUGCCGUUGUGGAUGCCACGGUUCCUCUUUGUACCAAGCGGUACAAAACUACAUCUGGUCGAUAUGCUGCAGCUGCAUUAGUGGCCGCCAG